AUGUAUCCACAAAGCAGGAGCCGACAGAGCAUUGAAGUGGCCUUUUUGACAGGUCCACCCAGUACUUCUCAAAAACAGCAGUUUCUCCGCUUAGCUAUUACUUUUCGUAAUGAAAGACCUAAAAUUUCUGCCUCUGCCUUAGAAGACAGGACCUCACCAUUUAUUUUUUGUACGCGACGACUGCCAUCCUCAAAGAAUACACCACCAUCAAUAGCGCAGUACUUUGGACAAACUCCCUUCUCACCAUCAGUUCCUGAAACACCAGCUUGUCCUGGCAAACCUGGCCGUCCAUUUGCACCUUGUGGUCCAGGUGAACCUGGUGGACCUGGAGAGCCUUCUGGUCCGACGACACCUUCUUCUCCUGCAGACCCAAAUGGCCCAUCUUCUCCAGGUAAUCCAGGAUCACCUAUAAAAGCGAAAUUAAAAUAUAAAAAUCCAUUUCCCAUUAGAAAACUGUUUCUCAGUAAUGCAGAUGAUAAAGCCCUAUAUCACCCUGCGGCCCCUGUGGGCCUUCAAGGCCAGAAGUUCCAGGAGGCCCUAAUGGUCCUGGAAUUCCCUGAGGUCCUGAAGUUGAAUCUACACCUGGACCACCUGGGAUGCCAAAAUCUCCAGGCAGUCCCGGAGGACCUGGUGGACCUGGAGGGCCUUGAGGACACGGAGUACAUGGCGGUACCGAAAUUGGAUCACAAG